AUGGUUGUCAUCCAUGAGUAUCAAAUUCCGUUGCCGCUGUCCGCAGAGGAGUACCGCAUAGCGCAGCUGUUCAUGAUCGCGCGGUUCAGCGAGCACCACUCGUCGGACAACAGCGACGGCGACGGCGUGGAGGUGCUCACCAACGAGCCCUUCCAGGAGGACGGGCGCCAGGGGCAGUACACGCACAAGAUCUACCACCUCGCCAAGAAGGUGCCUCAGCUGGUGCUGGCGAUUCUGCCCAAGAAGGCGUUGCAGCUGGAGGAGAAGUCGUGGAACUGCUACCCUCACUGCGUCACAGAGCUGACUAACCCCUACUUCACCAAGUUCAAGCUGCGCGUGGAGUCCGCCUACCUCAACCACCGCACACCGCAACACAACGCGCUAGGAGCGAGUGAGGAGGUGCUAGAGAGGAGGAGUGUGGAGGUGUUGGACGUGGCGGGCGAGGCGGUGGAGGCGUAUGUGCCCGAGGAGGACCCCGCGCGCUUCACCUCCCUCAAGACCGGCCGCGGCCCCUUCACUCCCGGCUGGCAGGAGCGGUGCGAGCCGUGCAUGGUGGCGUACAAGCUCAUCACAGUGGACCUGCCCUACUGGGGCUUUGGCCCUCAGCUCGAGAAAUACAUCGCCAAAGUGUUUCAGCGCAAGCUGAACAUAGAGGCGAACCGCAAGGCGAUCUGCUGGAUGGACGAGUGGCACGGCAUGAGCAUGGAGGACGUCCGACGCAUGGAGGCUGAGGCGUUCUCACGCAUCAACCAGGAUCGGCAGCACAACCCGCUGUUAACGGCGUGUAGCCCCUCGUUGACCGGCUGUCUUCACGCUCUCAUCUCCAUACACACCACACAGUGCACACUCAAGGCCUUCAUCGUUAAACGGCAGGUGGUUUUCUAA